UGGCUGUCAAACUUCGCGCCAGUGUCUGUGCAAAAAAGAAAAAAAAUAAUUGUCGCUUAUUACCGGUUCGAAGUGGCCAAAUUAUUUGUGCGUAUUGGUUUAGGUUUGUCUGUGAUUUUGUGAGUGUUUUGUUUUUUUUUUUUCGAACUUUUCCGGAUUCGUUGUUUAUGGUGAUGAUGCAAGAUACGUAGUGUAUGACGGAGACAGCAAUAGUCAUGUUAUCGCAUCUUAAAAUACAUAGAUAAAAAAAUACUGAUGCUACGAGACAAAUAGCCAACGAGGUACCAAAUAAAGGUACCUCUGUACUCAAUGACCAAUGAAACUAGUACUAAGGCAGACGCCCAACACGGCGAUGAGGUAGCAAAAACCGAGAAAGAUACCGAUACCAAUACCGGUGCGAAUACCGAAACGAAAACCGGUAAUAGUACCGAAACGAAGGAGCCUAAAGAGGGCAAACGAACAGUGUCAUUUAAUAGAGACGUACACGUUAAAAGAUUCGGUAAACCGCGAGAGCGGGGACCCUCUGAAUCCCAGCCAAGCAUACGAAAAGAACCAUUCACGCACUUAUCAGAACAAGAGUUGAUAGAAGAAGCCAAUAAGGUCAUAGCACAGGCACAAAGCGUCACUUGCACGGCUGAUCAUCCACCAGAAAAGUUCUUCUCCCUACCACAUAGAAGAAAGUUCAAAGAAGACAGAUCUAGAAGGAAUAGUGACGACGCGUCCCCCGACGGAGUAUUUAAAACACCACUGGGAAGAUCCACCAGUGAUGUAACUCCCAAGAAACGAAGAGAACGCACUUCCCUGUCGACGCUUUUCAGAAGAGCACAGAGAACAAAAAGUCCCGAAUCCCCAGUCAUUGUAACAACCAAACCGGUAGUUGUUGUCAAACGAAGUAAGAGUGACGUAUCCGAUUUAAAAUCAAACACAAACCUGACUAAAAUAAAACCUAUACGUAAAAGAUCAGGCAGUGAAACCGAAGAGUUCCUGAAAUCUUUAAGAAAUAAAAAGACUCAACUUUCUCCUAUAAUAGAAAGUUCACCAAGAGAAGAUUAUUUCAAAAAAGUAUCGCCUUUAGAAGUAUUUCAAAAGCAACAACAGUCUGAAAAAGACAGUAUUAAUUCCGAUACGGAGAAGCAUUCUAUUACAGAUUACAAAAAAGUUAAUCCUAUAGAAAAGCCUCCGAGGUUUAAACCUUCAGAUAAUCAAGAACCUAAACCACCUUCGCGAUCUAAAAGAGGAAAGUCUAGCGAAACUGAUAAAGAACCAUCGCCACCCAUAACUGAAACACCUAAGCGUAAAAUUGAAAUUAAAAAGACUAACCUCAGUAACGGUUUAGACGAAAAAGCAAAAGAAACACCUGAAGUUAAAGAUAAAAUUAAAGACAGCAUAAGGAAGAUAGAAGAGAACGUAUAUGGUACCAAGGAUAUGAUACAUAGCAGCCAACAACCACCUGAUAAACCACCGCUCACACGGGGACAUACUGUUGAUCAUAUGGUGAGAAUAUUGAAAGAAGACCAACACUCGCCUCCGCCUAAAUCACAUUUAAUUUCUCCUUCUCACGGUAGUAAUAUUAAUCAACCAUUUUCCUACACUAAACCAAGCACUAGUCCCGACCCGAAAUUAUUUGUAAGAACAACAAGUCCAGAAAGAGUUCCAACACCAGUCAACAAAAUGAAUGAUAAAGGUGUCGUGUAUGCACAGGUUAUUAAAGACCAUGAUGAUUUUCGUACCACCAUCAAACAACCUUUACACAAGAAAUUUUCACCUUCUCGUGAUAAAUAUGGACACUUCUCUGAUGAAGAUGAAGGUUUAGGAUAUGAAGAAAGACACAAGUAUUCGAGUGACCGCAUACAUGACUUCGAAUAUAAGAAUGAAAAUAAUUUUGACAGCAUAGACGGAUUUAAUGUAAAAGAAUCUCCCAUUAGACCAAGGUUCAGAGAAUAUAAAUUAAUGAGUUUUGAAGAUUUAGAACCAACUUAUGCCAAUGAAAAAGAUAUUUUACGUGAUCCAAUUGAGAGUUUUAGGGGGCGUGCAGAUGGUAUGGAUACUAAGAAGAAGACAUUUGAACCAGAUUCAAAGAUAGACUUAGAUUUUAAUGAAUUAAGUCACAGAAGACAACUGCUUGAAUCUCGUUUGAAUGCACGUAGAUAUGAGCGCGAAAGAAUUAUUAAUACCGAAGAACCGAUAUCUCGAUUUCUUGCUGAAACUGAUCCUAUUUACGAAGCUGAAAAGCGGAUGAAACAAACGGAGAAGUAUGUAAAUGAUACGGUAAAAUAUUACCGUCGUACGCUCGAGAGAGAUGGAUUUGAAAGUAACGUUACUGAAGAAUACAAAUACGAUGAUACGGACAGUCACAAAAUAAAAUACAACACAGAAACGAGGUUGUUUCAUAAAGCGCCUAAAGGAGAAGUUGAUAGACGCGAAUUUAUUGACAGCUUAGAAAGACCACCAAGAUUUAAAGAUGAACGGAAAAUAUUUCCACCUGAACCAGAAUAUGAGCCGCCUAGCUUAGAAUCGAAUCCCGGAAAACCCGUGUCACCAGAUGAGUAUAAAGAAAAGAAGUAUAAAGUCAAGAAAAACUUUAAUUCUAGUCAUGAACUUUUGCAUUCUGGUCACAAGUAUAAGGUGAAAGACGAUGGGUUCGGUAAAAGGAAGGGGCAUUACUCCUCGAACCCGGAGAUUGCGCAAGAGCGAGAAGAUGAAUAUGCUAAUUUGAGAUAUAAUCCAAAACAAGAGAGCUUCCAUAACUCAUUGCGUCGAGUUAAAAACAAGGAUAGGGAUUUCAAAGGCUACAAUAGUGUACGACGUCACGAUUCUGGGGACAGUAGAGAUUACUACCGUGAACAAAUGUCCCCUCGCCGUUAUGACUUUGACAGUCGCUUAGUGGAUUCCGGCAUUGAAAAUGACUUCAGAAUUAACUCGAACGGUGAUAUACACAGGACAAGACAUAGAAGGCACGGGAGCGAUGACGAUGUUAGAAACACAUCGCUAUUUUUAGCCAAUGAAAGGCAAUACGCUGAAGAUAAUUAUGAAAGCGAACAAAUAUACGCCAACGGAGAUUAUUUGGCCAAAUUCAAAGGUUAUAGAGAUGAAGAUAGAAAAGAAUAUGCUCCAGAUAGACCCGACGAUGAUUCGCAUUUCGAUUCAAAAUUGGGAAGAUACGAGAAAAGUCCAAAAAAUGACGACAAAGUUAGUGCGAAACCGCCAAAAGCCAAAAAGCUUUCGGGACUUGAGAAGGUGAAACAGCUGUUCUCUCGCGACUCUUCUAAGAAGAGCAAGAAAGAGAAAGAAAAGGAAUCAGUCCAGGAAAAGACUCGCACGCGGGUGCUCAAGAGCCCUGAACAUCUUGCCCGGCAUGAUUCGGAUUACCGAAGGUACACAGACCCUGAACCAAGCGAUUCAGAGGUCAGAAAAAUAGAUCACAGAGAUGACAGGAAAUAUAAGAGCUCUAGGGAGAAGGACUCCCAGAGAUAUCCGCGUGGCGAGAGGAGGCGAGAUGAAAGUUACAAAGACUCAGAUCUUGAUGAAAGAUUUGACAGACCAAUAAAAGAGGACAGAAGAUACAACCAACGCACAGAGGAAAGGAGACGGCACACGUCCUCAGAGAGGGAGAGCGACCACGCGCGGGAAAGAGAGAGCGAGAUACGCAAGACCAGGUCCAGGACCGCUGGACCAUUGGAUUCGCCGGCUUUGGCUGAGAGAUACCGCGAGAGACGGCGUCUGGCAACACCGAGUCCAACCCCAUCACCGCCCCGUCGCCAACCCACACAGUCUUCAAGCUGGUUCAAGUCGCUUGACAGAAAUGGCAAGAAGAGGGAAAAGAAUACUAAGAUUGAAAAAGAGAGCAUCAUCACAACGGAAGACGAAGCGCCGCGUAGAGCGUGGGCUAAAACCACCAAGCCUCUCAACUCGCCCGCCAAGAACUUACGUUUCUUCGGUGACACAGACCCCGAAUCUGACGCCAAUAUCAAACCAGUGAAGACAAAGACGACCAAAACCCAUGGACCCCUCAGGAAGACCAUAUCCAACUCGAGCGCGGGUCUUGAUGAAGUGGACCACAGUGAGCUAUCCAGUAAAAGCUACUCUCUCUCCAAUUUGCAUAGAGACGAAAAGAGAAGGGAGAGUGAGUCGCCAAGAACGAAGGAGUACUACAAGAGAAACUUGCAGAACAUUUCGGAGAUGAGCAAUUCGGAAGUGGAGAGUCAGUUUGGAAGGAAGAUGGCUGAUAAGCCACCAAUAAGCCCAUAUGACAGGUCGAGAAGUCACAGCAGUAAUAAAACUCUGAAGGGUAGCAAAGCAGAUGUCAGGAGGCAAGGAAGGGAUGAGAGGGGUAGUUCUACUGAACUAAGGAGCACAAAACCAGAGAUUAAUAGAGAUAUCAACAGACAUCGUCGCAGGACACCAGUUACAAAUUCCGGUGAGAGCAGCACGGAAGGAGACUCCAGCCACCAAUCACAACGUAGUGUGGUCUACUUGCACGCUACUACGGUUGGUGACAUCCCUGACCCCGGCCGAGCGGCGCGAAACCGCUCCCGCGAUGACGUCUCAUCCGUCAUGUCAUCGAACAUCCAAGUGAAGAGCACGACCAAAUCCUUCUCUCUCUUCGCGCCGUGGACUCCGAAACACUACAACGACCAAUACGAUGUGCACUACGCGCAAAAACCCAAGAAGAAAAAAGAAACGACGCCCAAAAAGUAUGCGUCAACCAAAAAUUUGACAGAUGACAGGCCGGCGACGUUGCAGAAAAAGUCAUACAGUCAAACGACGUUGAGUCGGCGUCCGAACCAAAACAACCGUUUGACAAGCUCAAGUCAAACGUUGUAUCGCACACAAAAGCGCGGGAACGAAGUGUCACAGAGCACGAUACCGCGAAAAUCGACGAAUGGCCGCAGUCAGUCCAGUGAAAUAUUGAACCGGGAUGACCGCGACCGAGUAUCCCGGUCGAUAUCUAUUCCAAAAGAUAAAAAGGCUGGAUGGUUCAAGUUAUCUAAGAAUAAGAAGCAAGAGAACACACGUGUACGAUAAUACUAACCUCUUUUUGUAUGUAGCUUCCUUUGUAAUAUCCAUUGCAUUAUUGUGCAAUAAUUAAUCUCUCUUUGUACGAAUUUCUAAUCUUGUGCCUAAUUCAUGGCAAAUAUUAAUUAUUGCUCAAAGAAAAUACAGAAGCAUAAAAAUAUGUUUAUAUAAUAUUUUUUACAGAAUAAAAAACUAUAUUUUUACGAGCACCAUUAGUUUUGAAGAAUACCUAAUAAAAUAAAUUAUAAGAAUAAGAUCCAGCCAUACAUAAAAACUAAUCAUCUGUCUUAGCAGUUACAAUAUAAGGUUUUAUUGAAUGGAACUGCUUGUUAAUUUAAUUAAUUAAUUUGCUUAUACAGCGUAAUAUGGCACUAUUUUUGCCAUUACCUUUAUUUUAAAUAAUUAUGAAUGAUCGAACAACGAAAUCGUUUCCUUUGACAUAUUACUAAAAUGUGCCAUUCACGAUUAAAAAUAAAUUGAAAUACAACUAUUUACGAGUAUUUAAAUGAUGUUAUUGUUUCAACUACAAUGUACUUAAUAAGUUAGAUGAAAUUGAUAAAUCUUUUUUAUGUUACGAUUUUUUGUAACCACAUACACGACAAAAAUAUCCGUAGCUAACGUAAAAUUGGCAAUGGGAAUGGCAGUAUUUUAAAUAAUUGCCACUUGCAAAAAUAGUAUUAAAUUCGGAAUCAACAUAACUUACAACAAAAAUUAUUAUAAGUAGAAAAAAAUUGUGAAGCAACGAUGAUUGCCUUAGGAUGGUUGUUCUUACGACUUUCUUUACUUUCAGAGUUAAAAACCAGAUUACACUACAUUGUGAAAUAAUAAUAUUCAUAGCAAUCAUUUAUUCUAAUAAAUAAAUUGUUACGAUUACUACAAUCACUCGGAAAAAUAGUUAUAUUUUGAUGUUCGUUUAGAAGUAAAUAAAUGUUACCAUGUUUAAUAUUUUUUAUUUUAACAAAAUGCUUCUAACACAGAUAGGGUGUGCAAAUAUCGCUAUAAGAUCUCUACAUAAAAGUAGCCUAAUGCUUUCAAAGAAUAAAUAUUUUUAUAUAUUGUAAUUAAGAUUUAUAGAUAUUGUAAAAUUGAAUAAUUUUAAAUAAAUGAUCUAAUUUCA